UUAAACCUUACUUGUUAAACAGAAAGCAUGGUCUGCAUUUGCAGAAGCUAGCAGGGAAUAGUAAUGGAGGUCGAGACGGAGAGGACGAAACCUGCUGCUGCGUUCAUGGCCUUUGGUACCAAAGGCGAUGUCUAUCCAAUUGCUGCCAUUGCGGCGGCUUUUGCUUGUGACCAGAUACUGUACGACGUCGUCCUUAUCACGCAUUCAGCACAUGAGAACUUACGUUGUCAUUUAGCCGAAAAACAUGUUUCGUAUCUUCCAAUUUCAUCACCACCUGUUGUCCCAAUCCAUCGGGAACAUGAUAGUACAGAAGAACCAGGUUCUUUGGAGAAAAUCAUGUUUUCUGCUGAACACAGACAAGAAUGUUGUUUGGCAGUGGAGAAGAUAUUUGGAUCAGGCCCGAGCAUGGAGGGUGAUUUUAUACUGAUCAAUUUCUUUGCUUUGGAAGGAUGGAGUAUUGCAGAACUUUUUCAUGUCCGUUGCAUAGUUGCUGCUCCUUAUGUUGUUCCAUAUAGUGCACCUUCAUCGUUUGAGCGCCAAUUUGAAAAAGAACUUCCACUUUUAUAUAAAUACCUACAGGAAGCUCACAACACUAAGGUUUGUUGGAAAGAUGUGAUCCACUGGAUGUGGCCGCUUUUCAGCGAGUAUUGGGGAUCCUGGAGAUGUGACGAUUUGAAUUUGAGUCCUUGCCCUUUUACGGAUCCAGUAACAGGUUUACCCACUUGGCAUGAUAGGCCUCCAUCUCCGCUUCUUCUGUAUGGAUUUAGCAAAGAAAUAGUCGAGUGCCCUGGUUAUUGGCCAUCAAAUGUUCGGGUUUGUGGCUUUUGGUUUCUCCCAAAUGAAUGGCAGUUUUCGUGUAAGCAGUGCAGUGAACUUUCCAGAAUUGUUUCUUCAGAGCAUCUUUACACAAAAGAUGAAAUGUGUUCAGCUCAUGUUCAGUUAGAAUAUUUUUUGAAGACCCCAGUGUCUAUGCCACCUAUUUUCAUAGGCCUGAGCUCAAUUGGAAGCAUGGGAUUUUUAAAAAACACUCAAGCGUUUCUUCGUCUUCUCCAAACUGUCUUAGAGAUAACAAAUUACCGCUUUAUCCUCUUUACAGCCGGCUACAUACCUUUAGAUGCAGCAAUCCGAGCAGUUGCUGCUGAGUCACCACCAUAUGUAACCCACAAGCAGUUUAAUGACCAGUGCAUUUCUCUCUUCAAUGACCGACUCUUUUGCUUUUCUGGAACUGUACCGUACAAGUGGCUGUUUACUCGAUGUGCUGCUGCAAUUCAUCAUGGGGGAAGUGGCACUACUGCUGCAGCACUAUUGGCAGGAAUCCCACAGGUAGUCUGUCCAUUUGUGCUAGAUCAGUUUUACUGGGCUGAAAGAAUGUUUUGGCUUGGAGUAGCACCUGAGCCAUUGAAAAGAACCCAUUUACUUCCAGAAGAAAGUGAUGAGAAAAUAGCGGCAAAUUUUCUAUCGAGGGCCAUACAUGAUGCAUUAUCCCCUGAAAUUAAAGAACGUGCUGUGGAAGUUUCUAAGAGAAUAUCUCUUGAGGAUGGUGUCUCAAACGCGGUCAAAUAUAUCAAGGAAGAGAUCAUUGGUGGUUCAAGCUGAUCAUUCGCAAUCUCUUGCACUGGCCUUCGAACAUAGUUUUCAGCAAUGCGGACAGGAGAUUCUGAAAAUGGUGGAAAUGCUUACUGCGCGAAGUUUUCUUCGUAUAAAGAUUUGGAGGAACUAAUGAUGUCUGUAAGAAGUUUUCUUACUAAGGAUGCCUAAAUCACGUGUGCCGUCGGUGUGUCAACUGUCCAUGUACUUUGAAAAGUGGAACAGAUGAAAGGUGGCAUGUUUCUAUGAAAAAAAGAUAUAUGGAGCAUAUGAAGUAGCUUGUGUUUGAUAUUUGGUACUUUGAAAGAGAUGGUUGUACAUCUAACUCAGUUGAAAGGUUAGAGCAGAAACUGUUAACUUGACGGAGAAAGAGAACCGCCAUUUUAUCUCCACGAGCCGUACACCGGUGUAUGAGAUGCACUGAUUAUCUCUAGGAGUGUUUUUAUGGUCUGGUGAUAUUUCUCUCCGCUUGUAAGUGAGAAGUCUUAUAUUCAAAUCUCGUGGAUGGCGAAUUCGAUACCAAAUUAGGUUAUCCAUUGUGUGGUUUAACCGAACUUCCUCUUUCCAGUAGUGUAAAAUAUAUCGUUGUACUAAAAAAAAAAAACAAAAAAGCAAAACCUUAUGGGCCACAUUAUUCCCUCCAAUUCAAUGGGCUUGCAUUUCGAUUUAUUAAUGAAAGAUCUGUAGGUAA